AUGGCUAAGAAGGCACGCCAGAGAAUCAGUUAUGUCCUCGAAAAUGCCAAAUCAUCUGAAGGCGGCCAUCGUCUAGGUGUCAAUGGCCUUGCCGUCGACAACGACAAUGCGAUUCUAUACUCAGGUGGCCGAGAUGGCAUAGUAUGCGCUUGGGACCUGAACCUCGACCUCAAAGGCCGCAGCGAUAUUACCGACCCGACGCCUGCCAAUUCCGAAGACAAGAAGCCGAAGCACACGACCAAGUUUCGCGCUCAGACUCACGCUCAUAUGCACUGGAUCAACGACAUUGCCCUCGCUCAAAACAAUACUGCCCUCGUAUCUGGCUCAUCUGACCUUACAGUCAAGGUUUGGCGACCGUAUUCUGAUGAGGACAAAAACCGCACCGAGACGAUAGGCGAACAUGCUGAUUAUGUCAAAUGUGUUACAACCCCGCCCCCAGAUAUGGGCGCAAACUGGGUCGCAUCCGGUGGUCUGGACCGCAAAAUUUGCUUAUGGGAUCUCAAUGGCGCUGGAAAGACACUCGAGAUUGACGUGCAGGGUGAAGAAAUUGCCGAGAAAGGUUCUGUCUAUGCCCUUCGUGUGGGGAGAAAUAUCAUGGCGAGUGGUGGUCCCGAGAAGACGGUGCGCUUGUACGAUCCCCGAACUGGUGAUAAGGUUUCAAAACUUGUUGGUCAUGUCGACAAUAUCCGUGCUAUUCUUAUAGACGAUGCUGGCGACACAAUUUUGAGUGCCAGUGCCGAUAAAACGGUCAAAAUGUGGAGCAUCAAGAACGGUCGAUGCAUGUACACUUUCUCCAUGCACGAUGAGAGUGUUUGGUCACUCUUCUCGGAUGACCCGAGCCUGGGUGUCUUCUACAGUUCUGAUCGCUCGGGGUUGGUCGCCAAAACAGAUGUGCGCGGUAGCCUUGAGGAUAUGGAUGAUGGCCUGAGUCUAGCUGUGGCGCAUGAGCAUAUAGGAGUGGGCAAGGUUGUCGCAGCUGGAGGUCACAUUUGGACAGCAACGAAUAGGUCAUCAAUUAACCGAUGGGAAGACGUUGACACGGGCACCAACAUCCAGCUUCCGGAGUCUGUUCGACAACACAGAGCUACAUCGAAUGCUUCUAGCAGACCCCGCGAGACUUCUCCUCCGGCUACUACUAACGGAACUGCAAAGAAGGAGAUCCCAGCUGAGUCCAUCUUGCGUAUUUCUGCAGCUGCUUCUUUCCCUGCGCGAUCUGGUCCAGAUCCCGAUUCUGCCACUAUCACGGAUGCUACUGCACGGAAGGGGUCCGAAGCCAUUAUAGAUUCUUCAGAGCCCGAAAUCAAACCCAUCCAUGCAGUGGCUGAGGAAACGAUUGAGGGACAAUUCGGAUUGCUCAAGCAUAGGCUACUCAACGAUAGGAGGCGUGUGUUGACGUCAGACACAGCUGGCGACGUAUUACUAUGGGAUUUGAUCCAGCAUUUGGAGGAUGUGGAGCAUCUCGUCAACACCGUUGAGGCCGUGGCUCCUUGGUGCUCUAUCGAUCUCAGCUCGGGAAAUCUUACUGUGGUUCUAGAGCCCUUUAAUUGUUUCGAUGCUGAAGUAUACGCAGACGAGCUAGAUUUGCCAGAUAAAAUAGAAUUUCGAGAGGACCAGAGAAUCAGCCUUGGAAAAUGGAUCCUUAGGUAUCUCUUUGCCGAUCUCAUUGAUGAAGAGGUCAGAAGAGAUGAGGCACACCGUCAGAAACUCAAUGAGGGUCUUGAGGCGAGGCAAAUUGCCAGUGGAGGAACUACUGAAGUUGCUCCAUUAUCGAUAUCAUUACCAAAGUCAGCCAUCCCGGACUGGGAUAACGCAGACCAGGUUACUCCAAAGCCCAAUCUCUAUCCUAAUACUCCAGGUCUAGGCAUUGGUUUGGCAACGCCUGGUCCAAGCAUUAUGUCAGGCCCAAACAGCUUGCCCGAUGUUCCUGAAAACGCGGCCACAAGUCCAAUGACUCCUAUAGAAAAGAGAACCUCGCAUGUCAGCCGCCCUUCGACAGAGAAGGAAGACUACUUCACAAGUCCCCUACAGCUGCUCGAAUCGGCAGUCAAGGCAGCAAGCAUGGUGUCAACCCCCACGCAGAACGAGGCGGACUCCAAGAAGUCUAUAGAUGGUGAUAAAGAUAAGGAUAAAGAUAAGGACAAGGACAAGGCGGACAGUGCAAAGUCCCCAAGCACACCAUUUGGCAAGAAGAAGUUUAGGAUGACUUUUGGCACCAAGAAGCUUUCAAGGUCGGCGUCCCAGGCCACCACAGAGAAGCCUGCGAUUGUGGAGGAGAAGACAGAAGAGUCCGAGUCUUCGUCUGUCCAUGAAAAAGAGAAGGAGGUUGAUGACAGUUUCUUUGGCACGAUUCAGAAGAUCCACCAGGAAUACGAGCGGCAACUAGCCGACAACCCUGACAAGCCGGUCGAGUCACGAGUGGUACCCAGUUUGCCUAGUGAUACACCCGUUCUGAAGCUCCCGCCAGGAACUAAGGUGGUUAUUCAAGAGGAGACCACAGGAGGCAGCGCCAACUUGUAUCAGGGCACUGUCCAGGACGUUGGCAAGGACGCAGAUAUUAUCGAACAGAAGGCUCCCAUGUGGCUGGGUGAUGUUCUCCUUCAAAACACACUCCCCUUCAAAGAGCCCGUAAAGGUUUCGUUCGUCUUGUAUCCGAUGGACGACACUCUCCCAGCUAUUGCUUCAACCGAUGGAAACAACAGGCUCAAUGCUAACCGCAUGCUUCGAGUCAAGAAGAUUCUCUCAUAUGUUGCAGAAAGGAUUGAGCCUCCACUUGAGGAGCCCGAAGAGAGCCCUAUGAAGCCAGAGGAGUAUUUAGAACUGUACUGCAACGAACAGUUACUUUCCCCUGUUACGACACUGGCCACUCUCCGAACUCAUCUGUGGAAGGGGGGCAACGAUAUUGUCCUUCAUUACAAGGCCAAUGGCAAAAAGGAGAUUCGACCAUUCCCACCGCCUCCAGAGCCUAAGCCUGCUGAGCCCGAAGAAGCUCAAGACGGCGCUGCAGCUGACGAGGCAAAUACUAAUGGUCAAGUUCCUCCCCAGCCUCAAGCCCAAGCCCAAGCCAGCUGA